GAAGGUAAUGAUGGACCUUGGUCUUCUUUCACAAUAGAAAUUGGCACGCCGUCGCAAAGCGUCAAUGUUCUCGUCUCAACAGCUUCUUACCAAACGUGGGGGAUCGAUCCAAAAGGAUGUACCUCGACAGACCCAUCCACUUGCUCAACUUCGCGCGGGAGAUUCUACAAUAACACUGCAUCCACCAGUUGGAUUCCAAACAAAACCAACAUUACUACGACGAUAUACGAUCUAGAACUUGAAUCCAACUUAGGAUACUCGGGCAAAGGGAGAUAUGGAUUCGACGACAUAACACUGGGAUAUCUUGGAGGUGGGGGACCUUCACUUGGGAACCAAACGGUGGCGAGUAUCGCGGCGAAGGAUUUUUACAUGGGGUUGUUUGGAGUGAAGCCUCAAGCAAGCAACUUUACAAGCUUGACGGACCCCAUCCCCAGCUUCAUGGAGAAUUUGCGGACACAGAAGAUGAUCCCGAGUCUAAGUUGGGCAUAUACGGCUGGGAAUAAAUAUCGAUUGAAUGAAGUGUAUGGUAGUCUGGUACUGGGCGGAUACGAUACCUCGAGAUUCAACCCCAACAACUUAACCUUCAACUUCGGACCGCAGGAUGAUCGAGAACUCCUCGUCGAGCUGAAUAAAAUAACCGCUGACGAUGGAACUUCUCUCCUUCAACAGCCAGUAUCAAUAUUCUUGGACUCGACAGUACCAUAUAUCUAUCUCCCAGAAGCUGCAUGUGCGAUAUUUGAAAGCACAUUCGGCCUUGUAUGGGAUAGCAAUACACAGCUGUACCUGCUAACAGACGCUCAGCACACUUCUCUGAAAGCUCAAAACCCAAAGAUCACAUUUACGCUUGGGACUUUGACUUCUUUGCAGACAGUCGACAUCAUGCUCCCAUACUCGGCUUUUGAUCUCACGGUUUCUUAUCCGAUUGUGGCGAAUGCGACGAGAUACUUUCCUCUGAAACGGGCGAACGAUUCAUCGCAGUAUACGCUUGGUAGGACUUUCUUUCAAGAAGCAUACGUCAUAGCAGACUACGCGCGUAGAAACUUUUCCGUCUCGCAAUGCAACUGGGAUGCAUCAGCCCAGCAAGAUAUCGUAGCAAUCCUGCCACCUUCGACCAGCGUGGGAGAGAACACGAAUACAAAAUCUGCUCAUCACCUUCCCCUUGUUGCAAUCGCUGCAGGCGGUAGCGGUCUCGUUCUCCUCGCCCUUGCUCUCGUGAUCCUACUCAUUAUCCUACGACGCCGUCGAAAAGCAAAAGGCCACAAACUCGCGGAUACCACCGCACCAUCCAACGCCAACCCACAACCAAUCAUCAAAGCCGAGCUGGACGCCAGUCCCCCCAACCAAAAGCACGAGGUCGACGCAAAUCCCGACCUAAAGUACCCCAGCGAGAUGUGCGGCCACGAUAACGAAAUCGUCGAGCUUGAUCCGUAUGGCAGGAAAUGGCCACCAACCUCAGACGCGGUGGAGAUUGGACAUUCGGGGAAGAGGAGCAUUCAUGAGGAGAUUUAUGAGAUGGAUGCGGGCGAGGUGGCAAUUGAGAUGAGUGGUGUGGGCAAUGGGAGAAGGCGGAGUAGGGGCGGACGGCCGAUGAGUUUUGUGGAGGGAGAUGAUUACGAUACGAGUCCGAUGGAAGUAUUGUCGCCGAGCAGUGCGAGAUUUAGAUACGGGAGGGAGCCAGUUAGCCCAGUGAGUAGGACGAUGAGUCCAAUAAGUCCCGCGAGCCCAGCGUUCCCGCGGUGA